UUUUCAUCGAGAGAUAGCCACGGAAUUCGAAGCUCGCAAUUAAGUUUACGAUAUGAGGAGAAUAUGAUUGAAGAAUAAACACCGCACACAGUUUAUAUCUCACGUUACGCCUCCGUAAUAUUGAUCUGGACGCCAGUGGACAUGCGUUUAGCGCGUUUAACUUCAUUGUGACAGGUGCCCUGUCCGGGGUAUCCUGUUCGAAGUGUCUCGUCGGCAGGAACACUAUGUUGAUCGUGACAAAUAAUAUGUGACAUCGCUUCGCAACGCGUAGCCCAAAAUCAUGAAAAUCAUGUAUCAUGUGCGUGUUGGUUGAUGGAACAACGAAGCACCGAGAGAGAGCUUCGACUAGAAUUUGGAACAUGUGCCUUCGUUACGACAAAGUAACCCGUUAGUCUGAAAAAAACAUGACUGCCAUAGGCGACGUGCAAGCUUUGCAGACUCUCACAGUUUACACUAGUGAUGUAAAUAGCGUCGAUUUCGCUGGUGAUUGCGUGCUGAUAACAGGAUCCGGGGACAAACGUGUUCGAGUUUGGGAAUGGCAGCCCGGUACUGGAUAUGUGGAAGCUUACUUUUCACCCCUGAUGGGACACAAGUACGGCGUGACCUCGGUCAAGGUCAGCCCUCAAUCCACCAUGUUAGCCACUUCCAGCAUAGACGGUACUACGCUGCUUUGGAACCUGCGUACGGGAGCAAAGAUACAUACUAUGGUGCAGAUAGGCGGCGAGGCAGUAAGAGUUUGCAGAUUUUCGCCGGAUUCAACGUUACUUGCGACCGCUGGAGAUAACGGACAAGUCUGUAUCUGGGAUCUGGUUCAUCGCAAUUUAAUCAGGUGCUUUCAAAAACACGAGGGUGCUGUACAGAGUGUGUCUUUUUCGCCAGAUUCCAGCUGGCUGAUCACCUCAUGCACAUUGGGCGUCCUAAAGCUGUUUUCCACUGCCGAGCUGAUUGACACUUGUACGCCUAGCGAUGAGGAUGUCGCUGAACUCGUUUCAAUUGACGAUGCUCACGACAUGGGAGUAGUUUGUUGCGACUUCUCCACUUUUCAAGAAGUCACAUGUAACGAACCGUAUACUAAGCUUUAUCAGCUGGUCUCGUGCGGCAAUGAUCACGAUGUGAAAUUGUGGGAAAUCACAGUGAGCCAGAAUAAAUGUGAGGCCCAACCCUCUACUGCCAUUGUACAGCUUUGCAGAGUGAUGAAAAAGCACAGCAGUGCCUUAACUUGCGUUCGUUUCAGCAGCAACGGAUUAUACAUUGCUAGCUGUGGCCUCGAUAAAACGGCAGUAAUUUGGGAGACGAGCUCAGGAAAGAUAAUGACGAUACUUUCUGGUCAUAACAGAUAUAUCGCUUGCUGCGCUUUCUCGCGCGAUGGAAGCUUAUUAGCUACAGGCUCUAAUGAUAAAUCAGUAAUCGUCUCGGACUUGACAGGAAAUUUAACUGUCGAUUCGGAACUCUCAAAAAAUAUUGGAACGAAAUGGUUUCUAAAUGAUCCUGAAAAGAACACUAUGUAUGAACAGGAUGUGAUGAAAAACGUCGAAACAUAUGCUAACGAAGUGCGACUGAUUCAAAGACUGGAAGAGCAUAAUGGAGCAGUGAACAGCGUUGCCUUCUACGGAAAUAAUCUUCUAGCCUCAGCAUCCGGCGAUAAAUUAGUACGUAUGUGGAGUGUGGAAACUGAGGAAGAAGAUGGAGAGGAAAAAAUUAAAAUACAAGAGAAGCCUUUCAGUCCACUCGAUGCUCAUACUUAUAGCGUCAAUUACGUGGAAUUUAGUCCAUGUGGUUCCAUGCUCGCCUCUUGUUCUCUCGAUGGAACGACUGUAGUUUGGAAUACAGAAAAUGGAAACCAAGCAAAAUCCUCCUUUGUCAAUUCCGGGACAGGUAUUCGUGUAUGCCGAUGGUCACCGGAUGGUACAAAAAUUGCGACUGCUGGUGAUGACGAGAAGACAACAUUAUGGGACGUAGAGAGUAUGGACCGGUUACAGGAAUAUUAUAGUGUUUUCGAAGGUCACGCCGAUGCGAUAACGGCCAUCGCGUUUACGCAUGAUUCUCGUUAUUUGGUGACUGCGUGCAACGAAGGUACUUGGCGUCUUUUCGAUACUCUGGAUGAAAAAAACGGUUCCGAAGCAUUGAUGGUUUGCGAUGCAAGUCAUGAUCUGGGUGUUCAAGGAUGCGAUUUCAGCCCUACUCCAGGUUCCGCUAUAUGCACAAGAGACACAGAUUCGAACAUCGAUGAGCAAAUAUAUUUACUAGCAACAUGUGGUAACGAUUCGUUAGUUAAAUUAUGGCACAUAAUCAUCUCGAAUGAGUCAUUAUCCGAUCCAGACAGUAUUGGCUCGAGCAAUAUCGGAAUACGUUACAAGGAAAAAAAAUCCUUAACUGGGCAUGGUGGAAAUGUAAUGUGUGUUCGUUUUUCGCCUAUUCACGGAGAAGUUCUAGGUAGUGUCGCAACGGACAGAACAGCUCGUAUAUGGAGUGUAUUUUCGGGAAGCUGUCUAUACGUCUUAGAGGAUCAUGACAGUCUCGUCACAUCUUGCGCAUUCUCCGAAGACACGUCAUUCUUCGCUACAGGCGCUCUGGAUAAAACUGUUUUAGUUUGGAAGGUGCCUCAGCAAUUAGUGUCGCAAAGUAAUUUAAUGGAUAGUUUGAGGAAUAAAAAGAAGAGGGUCGCGGAUUGGAAAGUGCAUGAUACUUUGAAAUGGUUAAAUGAUAUUGAAUUAUCUAGACUUUCUAAGAAAGUGCUUCCUCUGGGAUUAACUGGACGACAUUUAUUGUCUGUGUCGGAAAAUGAGCUGAUAUCUCGGUUGCAAAUCGAAGAUGAUGAAGAGGCGGUUGAAACACUAAAAAAGCAAUUAUAUUGGUUGAAGCGUGAAGAUUGCAAUAUUAUUGAGAAUAUAGAUGAGUCUGAGAUUCCUCAUGAAUUCUUAUGUCCUAUAACUCACGAGAUAAUGAAAGAACCUGUGCAAUGUUCAGAUGGAUUUACUUACGAGAGGGCAGCUAUAAACGAAUGGUUUUUGUGCGGAAAAUAUACCAGUCCAAUGACGAAUGAACCAUUGCACGACACCUCUUUUACUCCAAACUUCGCUCUCAGAAAUGCUAUACUUACUUUACUCCAUGGCGAAGGACCACAAUAGCAAUCGCACUUAUAAAAGAAAAAAAAGAAAGGGAGAAUAUUAUACACGCGCACAUGUCGGUAAUUUAUUAUACACGAUAAGCAAUUUUAUUCUAAGGUAAAUUAUAUAUUCGGCGGUUUUAAUGUAAUAACACUCAUUCUCCUUACAAAAAUUGAAAAGAAUUUAAACAUUGAUUGGCAUCUACGGACUAAUUUAUAUAAAAGUAUGGAAGACUUUGUGGUGAUUCCAUAUA